UGACAGCAUGUUGCAAAGGCUAUUUUUAGGGAAAGUGGGUGUAGCCGAGAGAGAAUGAUCCUCAACAUAUUCUUUCCAAAAUCGCAUUCAUCAUCAUCUCUCAAAUUUGAAUAUACUUCCCUUACUUUAUUUACGUUGCUAAUCGAAUUGAGUUGACAUAUUUUAUUAUUUAAUAAUGAUUAAUUAAUUAAUUAAGCUGUCUGUCUGUCUGUCGUCGCUUUUCUUCUACUACUCCAAGCAAGCAAGCAAAGCUGUCUGCCACUGCACGUUGUUUCAUUCAAGUUGCAUUCAUUUCUAUCUCAGAAGAAGAAGAAUGCUGCUGUUAUUUACUAGUUUGUUCGUUUUAGCAAUCUUUUUUCACCAAGAAGCGGUGGUGUCUGAAGAUUUGCAUCAACCACUCUCAAAAGUUGCUAUUCAUAAUACCCUUUUUGCUCUUCAUCCAGAUGCUUCUAUCAAAGCCACUCCUAAUCUACUUGGCUUCAAGGGACAAAAUACAGAAUGGGUCACACUCAAAUAUAAUAAUCCAAAUCCAUCAAUACAUGACUGGAUUGGGGUCUUCUCUCCUGCAAACUUCAGUUCUUCUAUUUGCCCUGCUCAAAACAGACUUGUCAAUCCUCCAUUAUUGUGUUCUGCGCCUAUUAAGUUUCAGUAUGCCAAUUUCUCCAGUCAAAGUUACAAGAACACAGGGAAAGGUUCCUUGAAGCUUCAGUUGAUUAAUCAGCGAUCUGAUUUCUCAUUUGCUCUCUUCACCGGUGGAUUAACAAAUCCAAAACUCGUUGCUGUGUCAAAUAAAGUAUCAUUCAUCAAUCCAAAUGCUCCAGUAUAUCCUAGAUUAGCACAAGGCAAAUCAUGGGAUGAAAUUACUGUAACAUGGACAAGCGGAUAUGGGAUCAGUGAUGCUGAGCCUUUUGUUGAAUGGGGCCGAAAAGAAGGGAAACUUGUGCAAUCUCCUGCGGGGACAUUGACCUUUGAUCGCAACACCAUGUGUGGUGCACCAGCAAGGACUGUUGGAUGGCGUGACCCAGGAUACAUACACACUAGUUUUCUGAAGGAGUUGUGGCCGAAUAAAGAGUACACAUACAAGCUGGGACAUAGAUUAGUUAAUGGUACAACAAUUUGGAGUCAAGAGUAUCAGUUUAAAUCAUCUCCUUAUCCUGGUCAAAAUUCUGUACAACAUGUGGUCAUAUUUGGUGAUAUGGGAAAGGCAGAAGCUGAUGGCUCCAAUGAGUAUAAUAAUUUCCAGCCUGGGUCACUCAAUACUACAAAUCAGAUUAUUCAAGACUUGAAGGACAUAGACAUCGUCUUCCACAUUGGUGAUUUAUGCUAUGCUAAUGGAUACCUUUCACAAUGGGACCAGUUUACUGCACAGAUUGAGCCAAUUGCAUCAAAAGUUCCAUAUAUGACAGCAAGUGGCAAUCAUGAACGUGACUGGCCAGGAAGUGGAUCAUUUUAUGGAACCUUGGAUUCAGGAGGUGAAUGUGGUGUAUUGGCUCAAACCAUGUUUUAUGUUCCUGCCGAGAACCGUGAAAAAUUCUGGUACUCUGUUGACUAUGGUAUGUUCAGAUUCUGCAUAGCUCACACAGAACUUGAUUGGAGAAAAGGAACAGAACAGUACGAGUUCAUCGAAAAGUGCCUAGCAUCCGUUGACAGACAAAAACAGCCAUGGUUGAUAUUCCUUGCACAUAGGGUACUUGGUUAUUCUUCUGCCGAUUUCUAUGUUGCAGAAGGCUCGUUUGAAGAACCAAUGGGACGAGAGGACCUUCAAAGCCUCUGGCAAAAGUAUAAGGUCGACAUAGCCAUGUAUGGACAUGUCCAUAACUAUGAAAGAUCAUGCCCCAUCUAUCAGAAUAUAUGCACUGAUAAAGAGAAGCACAAUUACAAGGGCUCCUUGAAUGGGACAAUACAUGUAGUGGUUGGGGGAGGAGGAGCAGCCCUAGCUGACUUUGCCCCCAUAAAUACGACAUGGAGUCUCUUCAAAGACCAUGAUUUUGGAUUUGUGAAACUAACAGCAUUUGACCAUUCAAACUUGUUGUUAGAGUACAAGAAGAGUAGUGAUGGACAAGUUUACGACUCUUUUAAGAUAUCAAGGGAUUAUAGGGACAUCUUGGCUUGCACUGUUGAUAGUUGUCAAAGUACAACAUUAGCAUCUUGAUCUUAGAGCAAAAAAAUUUGUUGAUUUGGUUUCCGUUUUUUUUUAUUUUGUUGAAUAAAAUGAUUCAUGUGAUUUAAACAGUGAACAUUUUAGUUAUAAUAAGAGAAUAUAUAGAAUGGUUUUACUCUGGCUCUGUGCAA